ACUUGCACACUUGACAGAGUGUAGGAAAGGUCUUUUUGGGUCUGUCCUCGAUCCUGCCAUGCAAGAAUAAACAAUAAUCACAAAGAGAAGAAUCGAUUCAGCGAGCAAAUUGAACAUGGAGAAGAAAGAGGAGAGCGUCGUGGUUAAACGGAGCAGUUCGGAGCAGAGGAAGCUUCAUUCCCGUGAUGCAGCCAGGUGUAGGCGGAGUAAGGAGACGGAGGUGUUUUACGAGCUCGCCCACACUCUGCCGCUCCCCCGCCGAGUCUCCACCCAUCUGGACAAAGCCGCCAUCAUGAGAGUCGCCCUCAGCUUCCUGCGCAUGCGCCACCUCCUCAAACCUGGUGAGAAUCAGAAGGAGGAGUCUGAAAAGGAGGAGGAGGAGCUGCAUGAAGACCCAAUGGACUGUUUCUACCCUCAGGUCCUGGCCGGCUUCGUCAUGGUGAUGACGGAGGAGGGAGACAUGAUCUACCUGACUGAAAACGUCAGCAGACACAUCGGUAUCACUCAGCUGGACUUGCUGGGUCACAGCAUCUACGACUUUGUUCAUCCAUGUGAUCAGGAGGAGCUCCGAGACCUGCUGACAGUACGUCCAGGCUUGAGUAAGAAACCACUGACGGAGCAGGCGAGCGAGAGGAACUUCUUCCUGAGAAUGAAGAGCACGCUGACCAGCAGGGGGCGCACCGUCAACAUCAAAUCUGCCACCUGGAAGGUUCUUCACUGCACAGGUCACAUGCGGUCAUUUGGCGGCUCGUCGUCGCCCCCUGCUGCCAGAGUGAUGACCCUGCUGUGUGAGCCUGUUCCUCACCCGUCCAGCGUGGAAUUCCCUCUGGACACCUGCACCUUUCUCACCCGCCACAGCAUGGACCUGCGCUUCACACAUUGCGAGGGCAGGGUGACAGAGUUGGUGGGAUACAAACCUGACGAUCUGAUUGGACGCUCUGCAUUUGAGUUUCAUCAUGCGCUCGACUCCGAUCACGUCAACAAGAGCCUGCACACAUUGCUGUCCAAAGGUCAGGUUAGCACCAGACAUUACCGUUUCCUGGCGAACAGCGGCGGCUUCGUCUGGGCAGAGACUCAGGCCACCGUACUCUACAGCAGCAAGACGUCGCAACCCGAGGCCGUAGUCUGCCUCAACUUUAUACUCAGUGCCGUGGAGCAGCCGGACGUCAUUUUCUCUGUUGAGCAGAUUCGUUGCAGCCAGCUGCCUAAAGCCGAACCUCAGUCCCCUUCACCCGCAGAGGAGGAAGUUUGUGAGACUGCUGACAGUGAGUGUCAGACCGAGGACGCAGAUUUGAAGCCCGGCAGCUCUGCAGAGCUUUUCUUCAAACUGAGUGUGAAGCCAGGGGAGCUUCUCCAGCUGGCUCCAGAGGCCGGAGACACCAUCGUACCACUGACAGGAGACUUUACCGAGCUGUCCUUUGCCCACCCACUCAGUCUGAGCUCCGUGCUGGACCACCCGCAGGACCUGUGCACACCACAGCUCCGACAGCUCCUCUCACCCAUCUUCAACCCCCUCACUCCACCAUCAUCAUCAUCAUCAUCAUCAUUAUCACCAAUCUCCACAUCUGAUUCUGAGCCGAGCUGCAUUGAGGAGGAGGUGAUGGACUACAGCAUGAUCUCGCAGUUCUUUGCAGAAGAUGAAGAAAAGGAACAGAUGCUGGAGGACAUGGAGGGGAUGGACCUGGACAUGUUGGCUCCUUACAUCUCUAUGGACGAUGACUUCCAGCUGACCUUCCUCAGCAACCUUCCAGAGGAAACUAUCAACCCUCCUUCCUCUUCGUCUGAGCCCUUGGCUAUGACGCCUGCAGUCACAGCAAGCAGGAAACGGACCCAUAACCCAGAUGAGGAAAUGCCAUCCCAACUGAUGAUUCAGGACAAGAGACAGAAACAGGAGCCUUGCUCACUAGAAGAGAAACUACUUCUCACCCACAAAUUACUGGGCUCUCUGGAGGAAACCGACCAAUCAGAUCUACUCCUGGACCCGGGCCCGGAAGGACGGAGUAAGCUGCUCACAGACAGAGACCCUAUUUUAGGAGGCGGACAAGGAAUCUGUGAGACCGCGGCUCUGAUGAGGGAAAUAUUCGUAGCACGCCCACCUGACCUGUCGCCGCCUCUCUCACCUAUGACUUGAUAAAGCACUGGUCAGUCGAGAGUUGGCUCAACUUCUGUGUUUUUUUUAAAGACCAGAAACUCAAACGCCGGAUCUGUCUGCAACCAUAGCAACCUGAGCACACAAACUAAAAAAAAACACACCACAAACUCAUAA